UCUUAAACCACAUACGUGACAAGUCUCUUCCCUGGUCUUAUCCCACAUCGAUCGCGUUUCGGAUUCCGCUCCCUUGCCUUCCGUUCUCUCUCCCUUGGACCCUUCCCCUUCCCCUUUGUAUCAUUUGCGGUUAUAUCAACCCCUGUCACCUCCCCCGUUCGCUUCUUCUGGAGCUAUUCUGGUGUCAGUAUUCCGAUAUACCAAUCGAGUGAAAUAGAGCGCGAUGGGAAUACUGAAGAAAUCCAAAAACAAAGGAGGAAACGAGCUCUUUCUCUGCGAGAGGAUAGGGAUAAGAGGAAAACAUGUCCAAUACCUCCCAUUCACUCUCUGAUGUUUGCCUCCCUCUCCCCUGUUUAUACAUGUCCGUCGCCGAUCCCUGUCCGUCGCUGAUCCCUGGCUUAAUCUCCCUCUGUCUCUUUUGAUUCUGAUUCAUGCAGCGAAGCAUGAAGAAAUCCAGGGGUUUCAGAUUGGGGCGAAAGCUGGUGAGAAUAUGGCGACGGGUCUUCCGACGCCGCCGCCCACAGAAUUACAUCCGCCUCAACGCCACCCAAUCCCAAUCCCAAUCCCUAAUCCGAUCCGAAACCCAUUGUUCCAAGACCAUAACCUCGACGAUGACGACAAAACUAUACGGCUGGGGGCGCGCACUCACCAGCCGCAUCCGCUCCUCCGGCCGCGGCGGCGGCUGGAAAGCGCACUGCCGCCGCCCUGGCGACGGGGAAGCCGACGGCGACGACGCGGAGCUUGUUGGGCACCAGAAAGGAGGAGGACGCCAGAAGCCGCCGCCGCCGAAGGGGCACCUGGUGGUGUACGUUGGGGGGCAGAAGGACGGGGGACCGCCGAAGCGGUAUUUGGUGCCGGUGAUCGACUUCAACCACCCACUGUUCGCGGAGUUGCUGAGGGAGGCGGAGGACGAGUUCGGCUACCACCACCCCGGUGGGAUCACCAUCCCCUGUCCCGUCUCUCGCUUCGAGCGCGUCCAGACUCGGAUCGCCGCCUGCCGGAAGAGCUCCUAGCCCGGCCCCCUGGUUCUAAACCAAGCAUCAAACAUCUCUGACGCCAUGUCUUCUAGAAAAAGGAACAACUGUACUUUUUUUUUCCUAGUCUUCUUCUCUUAUUAGUGUAUAUAUAUUAGCUCCAACAAGGAGGAGCUUUGUUCUCGUUAGGUGCCUUUCUUCUUCUCGGAGGUGUUUUUUUUUCUACUUUUAAGAAGAGAUUGGUGCAGAUAAACUGGAAA